AACAUUUGGACUUUGAAUAUCUAGAGAUAUUUAGUGUGACGUUCUACCUAAUUUUGUACCAUUUAACAUGUUUCUUCUUUGUUAUCAUAAUGGUUAAUGUGUGCCAGAUAUAGAAAUAUAAACUCAGGUCACGUAUAUCUUCAUUCAUUUUACUGACAGAAAUGUGUGGAGGUUAACCAAAAAAAAAAAAAAAAAAAAAAAAGAACCAAAAUUUUAGCAAAACUUCCAAGGUACAGAAAAAAUGACUGGCACUUUCUUCUACUUUGCUUUUGGAAGUAAUCUCCUCAAAGAACGGCUACUCAUCAAUAACAAAACGGCAAUCUUUAAAACAGUUGCUAAGUUGGAGAAUUAUUGUUUAAAAUUUGCACAUAAAUCUAUUACCUGGUGUGGGCAUGCUGCCACGAUUGUUGAAUCAAAGCAUGAUGUUGUUUGGGGAGUGGUUUAUGAAAUGAACACCUCAAAUAUGGACUCGUUAGACAAACAAGAAGGAGUUGAUCAAAAUAUAUAUCGUCCAAUUGAAGUCAGAGUUAAGAGUAUGAAUGAUGUGACAUAUGAUUGUCGUACAUAUCAGUUGCUGGGAAGAGACUUUGGAGAUCCAUCCCCCCAGUAUAAGGAUAUUAUUGUACGAGGAGCUUUAGCUAGCGGUAUACCAAAUGACUAUAUUGAAUUUCUAAAAUCAAUUCCGGAUAAUGGAAACAAAAAAAAAGUGCCUAUUUAUGAUGAAAUUCUUUCUUUAUUAGAAAAUUCAAAAUAAUUUAACUAAUUUAUAUUUAUAUGUUUUAAACUUGGAUUUUUACAUGCUAGUUCAAAUAUUUAAAAUUUAUUGAACUUCAUUCAGAUUUUUAUAUUAAAUAUACAUAAUAUGCUUUCUAGCAUUGUGUUUUUAAGGAAUUUUUCCCAGACAAAUUACCACAGAUUCUGGCAGUUAAACAACAUGCAUACAUUAAAUAUGCCAUAUUGAUAAUAUUUACAUUAUAGAACUGCUUCUAUUAUUCAAUUUGAAUUUAUUCUUCUUAUGUGGUGUGAUCACAAAUCAGCAGCAAAUUUAUAUACUAUCCAUAUAUAUACUUCAGACUAGCUAUUUCAGUUUUGUUUCAAAAGUGACGCAAGUAUGCAAAUAUACAUGAUCAAAUGAUUAAGAAGUUUGUUUUGCAACCAAGAAGUCUCAGUUUCAAUCUCACUGUAUGACCUCUGGGCCAAAUUUCAUUUUCUAUUACCUUGAGUGAAAUUGGAUAGAUGAAACUGAGUGAAAUGAUGGAUGGAACUUGAGAGAAAUUGAAUGGAUAGAAACCCAUCUGUGACUGAAAUUGGAUGGAUGGAAACUGAAAAGAAGCUUAUCAGAUGGAUUGUACUUGCAAUUCCAAAGAUCCAGCUGUGUCAUAUUGAUUCUACUCAAGAAUUACAUUAAUGGUUACACAUAUCUGUGGAAUAUUCAGCCAAUAUACAUUACUUCAGAAGUAAAUGAAAAUUCAGCUGAUCAAACAAUUGAAUCAGAGAUCAACUAACCUAAGUUGUGCCUGGCUAUCAGGAGUCAUUUCAACUCUGGCCACUGAUAUGGGCAACCGUUUCCACAGGACCUACAGGUCUUAGGUCUAUGACUUGGCUGUGAGAAAGUGUGGUCAGUGUUGGCAACUUGUAAUAGAGUUCAAGGAAUUGCAGAAGCAUUUCAAGCCAGUUAAGAUCAGACCACCAAACCACUACCUUUGUAGCCAGCUUGAACAAUGACGCCAUGUUGGGGUGACAGAAUGUCCGUCAAAUGUAUAUAAUAGAAUGCUGACAGUUCAACCCAGAAAAUGUUGAGGGUCCCCUAAAGGCUCCAAAAAUUUAAAUAAUUUGAAUGUGUAGUAACAAAAGCUGAAACAGAUCAGUGAAACAAUUGGAGAUAUAUUGUUUUGUUUCUUUUUAUCAGUUAUCUUUGGAAAUAAAUCAUCUGUUAUAGACCUGAUUAUAUUUAUGGGAAAACCCUUUGAAAACAAACAAUUUAUUAUACAUCUAAUUAUGUUCAACACAAAACUACUGUUUAAAUGUUUCUGAAUGGUUUUAAAAAAAAAAACACUUCAAUUUCAGAAUAUUUAAUAGAUAUAUAUAUAUAUAUGUAUGUAUAUAUAGCCCUUCCUGUAUGACUCAUAGGUUAGUGAUCAGCUGCACACAAAGAUGUACUUAACAUCCUCAUACGACAUGAAUAUGGUACCUAUUUUAAGCUGGUCUGAUUUUGCUGAAUCAUACAUGAAAAUCAUGAGACACACUCUCUCUCUCUCUCUCUCUCACACACACACACACACACACACACACACACACACACACACACAAAGUGUUUCUCUAAACUCACCAGCUAUUU